UCUCUCUCUCUCCUGCGCCGCCCCGCGCUCUCGUCUCAGCCGCCGACGAGAUCGGGCGGCGGCGCCGGCGCUACUUUGUGUAGACUACUCGGAGCGUCCCCCCGCGGCUCGUGCCGUGUGGAUUUGGGUGGGUUUUGCGAGGCGGCGGCUGUGGGAGUGGUGUACUGUGGAGGGGGAGAUCCGCCCGGGAGCGGAAUGCAGCAGGAGCAGCGGAAGAAGAGCUCUGCGGAGGCUGAGUUUUUUACAGAGUACGGGGAUGCAAACCGGUACAAGAUCCAAGAAGUCAUCGGUAAGGGAAGCUAUGGGGUUGUGUGCUCUGCCAUUGAUUUGCACACUAGACAGAGAGUGGCGAUCAAGAAAGUGCACAGUAUUUUUGAGCAUGUCUCGGAUGCUGCGCGUAUUCUCCGUGAGAUCAAGCUUCUGAGGCUCCUAAGGCAUCCGGACAUUGUUGAGAUUAAGCACAUCAUGCUACCUCCCUCGAGAAAGGAUUUCAAAGACAUUUAUGUUGUUUUUGAGCUUAUGGAGUCCGAUCUCCACCAAGUUAUAAAGGCUAACGAUGACUUGACAAAAGAGCACUACCAAUUUUUCCUUUAUCAAUUGCUCCGGGCCCUCAAAUACAUUCAUACCGCUAGUGUUUAUCACCGUGAUCUGAAGCCCAAGAACAUUUUAGCAAAUUCUAACUGCAAACUGAAAAUAUGUGAUUUUGGACUAGCACGGGUUGCAUUCAACGAUACUCCAACAACAGUCUUCUGGACGGAUUAUGUAGCAACAAGAUGGUACAGAGCUCCAGAACUCUGUGGAUCCUUCUUCUCAAAGUAUACACCAGCUAUUGACAUUUGGAGCAUCGGGUGCAUCUUUGCUGAGGUCUUGACAGGGAAACCUUUGUUUCCUGGUAAAAAUGUUGUCCAUCAGUUAGACUUGAUGACUGAUCUUCUAGGAACACCUUCCAUGGAUACAAUUUCCCGGGUUCGGAAUGAGAAAGCAAGAAGGUACUUGAGCAGCAUGAGAAAGAAAGAACCAGUUCCAUUUUCUCAGAAGUUUCCCAAUGCAGAUCCUUUGGCACUAAAACUCUUGCAACGGUUAUUGGCCUUUGAUCCAAAGGACCGUCCAACGGCUGAAGAGGCAUUGACUGAUCCAUACUUUAAAGCCCUUUCCAAGGCUGAUAGAGAACCAUCAUGUCAGCCCAUCAGAAAAGUGGAGUUUGAAUUUGAGCAGAGAAAAUUGUCUAAGGAAGAUAUAAGGGAGCUGAUAUUCCAGGAGAUAUUGGAAUAUCAUCCACAAUUGCAGAAGAACUACAGAAAUGGAACAGAGAGAGCAACCUUUCUCUACCCAAGUGCGGUUGAUCAGUUUAAGAAGCAGUUUUCUCAUCUUGAAGAAAGCAAUGGAAGUGGUUCUGCAAUUCCAAUGGAUAGAAAACAUGCAUCCCUUCCUAGGUCUACCACUGUUCACUCUACUCCAAUUCCUGCCAAGGAACAACCUCUUGCGGCCUCAUUGAAGAGUAGGCCUGUAUCAGAUGAACCUAGUAAAAAUCCCAGGGUCAUGGGAGGAUUUCCUGGAAAUGCUCCCGCUACUUCUCAGGCUCCAAGGCCACAAGGAGCAAAACCAGUGGCACCAGGGAGACCUGCUGGUUCAGUACUACCUUAUGAGACAGGAAGCACCAAUGAUCCUUAUGGUGCAAGGGGACCUGCGAUGAGUUCAGGUUAUCCUCCCCAGCAGCAAACCUCACAAGCAAAUGAUUAUCAUCAAAUGCCUGCAAGGAUGCACAGCGUUGACCAAUCACAGACCAUGGAUGCUUACAAAACGCAUUCACAGACGCAGGCCUAUGCUUAUUGGAACACCAAAGUGACGGCUGAUGUUGCUGUGGACAUGAGAGCUUCCCCCUUCAAACACUCAGCAGGAUCAACGAAUGGUUCGCUAGAUAGAAUGGUAACACAGACUGACAUAUACACAAGAUCUCUGAACGGCAUUGUUGCCGCCGCGGCGUCGGCAGGCGUUGGUACUAACAGAAAGGUUGGUGCUUUACCCGUCAGCGCCUCAAGGAUGUAUUAGUUGACUAACAACCUAUUUGAUUGGCAUAUAUUGGAUUUCCUUUGCUGGAGCGGCUUCUGUUUAUCCACUAGCCACCAUUAAAAUAAACGGAAGAAAUUUACCUGGAAGAUGAUUAGAUGGAUGAUGAUGAGAGCAACUGAUCGAGGUGAUUCAGUCCUAGUCUUCUGGCCUCUUCCAUAUGCUGUUUGGCAUGGUAGAAUUGUUGCUCUUCUUUGCUGUGCAACAGUCAACAGAGAAAUGUACUCUACAUGGAAACUUUCUUGCUAAAUUACAAAAAUACAUCACACAGGUCAUCAGAA